AUGGGCGAAUCGGGUGACGACGUGUUGGCCGACUUCUCGCAGGCCUGGGCUCAUCGGUUUGGACACGACUGCCAACUGCCGACCGCGUGGGAGGACGACGUGAGGGCCAACCUCUUAAAGCACCAGACGAGGGUCACGACCCUCAAGCACGAGCUCGAGAAGGAGGAGUUCUAUGUCCAGUACCUCCAGAAACUGCUUCACGACGCCGACCGCGUCAAAGGCAAGGGUCGCACUGUCUUACAGUGUCUUACAAUGUCUAACACACUCUCAUCGGUUGCUGCAGGCGAUGGACACCCAUCAGAUGCAUCUCAAGUGGACAGUCAUGAGGGCAGUGAUGGCACGACAGCCAUGACGCCAGUGAAGGAGAAGGACGACCAAUACGUGACUGUAAUCACAGUCAGUAGUUAUGGUGAGAUCCAGAGGCCGGCAAAAGUGGACACCAAAGCUGCCAAACAACCCCUGAUAGACAACCCGUUGUAUCAAACAUCUCACGCAUUGCCAGAUGUGAGCGUUGAGUGCGAAGUUGCUAAGAAGAAGAGACCGCCCACUCCUCCGCGCAAACCAAAGGUUAUGACGAAUACAAACAUGACUUCCAUUAGUGUAUUGGAAGACCACAACAAUGGCAACCAAUUAGUCAUAUCUCGUGACAAUUCACUGUCAAAGAAGAGUAUUGGGUGUAUUGGGGAAAGUGGUGAGCAGUCGGAGCAGUCGGUGGACACGACUAGUGUUCUCUACGAUGACGACGAGAACAACAUCUACGAUACGGUAGCACCAGACGAGCCAUCCGUUUGUAAUGUCAAUGCAAACCAUACCAAACAUACGACCAGUGAUUUGAUUGAUUCAAACUCAUCGACUGACAACUUGUCGGCAAAAUAUUAUGAUUUGAAUAGUUAUGCCAAUUAUGUGAACAUUGAUUACUUCUUGAGAAAAGACGAGACUUCUUCACGUGAUGACAGCGAUGACAACGAGACUCAGGUCUCACAGUCGCUGUCCAGCGAUCAUGAAAUUGAUGACAAUUGUCAGCUCAUUAAGUGUCCGAUUCACUUGAGACCUAAUAAGAUGAAUGCUAUAGAAGUUGAGAGACUAACGAUGUAUAAGUGCAUUAUAGCCAGCAUUACAGAGAGUGAGACUAUUUAUGUGGAUUGUCUCAACACUUUAAUUCAGUACAUGAAGGCAUUGAAGUCAACAUUAGGCACAACGCAUCCACUGCUCACUCCCGAAGAAUUGUCGACAAUAUUCUAUAAAAUACCAGAACUUUACUCAAUUCACUGGACAUUCUUAGAAGGGCUUAAGAAGCUGUCCAAUAGUGCCAAUUGUGACUCCAAUGAGACCAAUGCUAACAACCCAAUGAUAGGCGAACUGUUCAAAGUGUUGGCCAGUCGUUUGGGUGCUUACAGUGCUUUCCUCAAGAAUUACUCCAAAGCUUUAGAAACAGUCCAUAAGUGCAGUGCAACUAAUAAUCAAUUUUGUGAAAUCACUCGAUCAAUUAAAAUCAUGUCACUCAAGGGACAAUCGGUCACCAUAGAGGAACUUCUCCAUAAGCCAGUGGCCAGAGUCCAGAAGAAUGCGUUGGUUUUACACGAUUUGCUGAAAUACACGAAUGAAGGGCUCAACGAAUACAAGUCACUUAAGACAGCCCUUAAGAUGACUCAAUGCUUUCUCAAUGACCUAAACAUAGCGGCCACCGAACAAAUGUUUCCGAUUCAGGACAAAACCCAAAGACGUUUAGUUAAGGAGAGUUUUAUUGUGGAAAGCAGUGAUGAGAAGCGAAAACUAAGGCAUUUGUUUCUAUUCAACGAUGUCAUAGUGUGUGCCAAAUAUAAGGCGGCGGCCAAACAAAAAUUUACAUUUGAAUUAAAGUCGUAUAACAUGUUGAAUGAGAUCACGAUAUUGGACACUGAAAUUAGUAAUACACGGGAUCUGAUAGCACGAGAAGAAGAGAAAGAGAAGGGAAAACUGAAUACAAAACUGUUGGAAAAGUUAAAGAAGAAACGAUCAGAUUUGGAGGCACAUCUGGUCCUAUAUCUACCACAACUCAAGUUCUCGAUGAGCCAUAAAAGUGGCAAAAUAUAUACAUUUUAUUUAUCCUCUGAUUUUGAGAGAAGUCAAUGGAUUGAAUCGAUUAAAGCUUGGAUAGAGACCUGUCGUAAAAAUUUGAAUCCCAAUUCUUUGGGGUCAUUCCUCUUGCGUUCUUCUAAGGACGACGACCUACUCUUUGGUGAUCUUUACUUAACUGUCAAACACUUGAAAGGGUUGAGUAGAGAAGCGGAUAUAUUGUUCAUAUUGGAACUGGACACUUAUGGCCACUAUAUUCAGCGUGGCGUCACUCAUGUGAGUCGCCAAUCACUAGAACCUCACUUCGAUCAGGAGUUUGUGUUGGAUUUGGAGGGAACGCAAACUUUACGAAUAUUGUGUUACGAAGAGAUCAGUGGACAACAGAAGCCAUUUUUCAGAGGCAAAGCCAGUUUAGAAUUGAGCCAAACGUGGCUCUCAGACAAACAAAGCCAACAAAUGGUCCCUAUUUUAGAUUGUAUUCUAACCCUAAACAUAAGAUACGUGUCAUCGCAGUCACAAACGGCACGAUUCCCUGCGUCUAAGGUUUGCGGUGCUUUCGGUGUGAAUGUGCAACAGGUCUGCAGAAAAGAGAAGACUUCGGUUCCAUAUCUUAUUACGAGUUGUAUUCGAGAAGUCGAAAGAAGAGGUAUGAAAGAAGUGGGCGUUUAUAGAGUGUCCGGCCUUUCAUCAGAUGUCCAAAAACUUAAGAAGUCUUUCGAGACGAAUCCAUACGAAGCAGAGCUACUCAUGAAGGAGAUGGACAUUCAUUCUGUGACCGGUUUAUUAAAGCUAUACCUCCGGGAACUGCCGGAGUCUCUCUUCACCAAUGCUUUGUAUAAGAAGUAUUUCGAUGCUUUCAGUGAGUUAUUGAAUAUGACCCAUCAAUCGGAAAAAAGCAAACGAUUGCUCUCAUUGUUCGCAGCACUUCCUCAGCCCAAUCAAACCAUUGUUGCCGCACUUAUUGACCAUUUUUAUCGAGUGAAUCAGUUUGAAGAGCACAAUAAGAUGUCUUUACAUAACUUGGCGACAGUUUUUGGGCCAACAGUGCUGCGUGCGGGUGGUGGUGGUGGUCAUGGGAACCCUGUGCCGUCAGUGGCGGACUCGUUCACUGCGGGCACGAUUGACGUGAUGGCUCAGGCGGGCAUUCUAUACUUCUUUCUGCUUCGCAGAGCUUCCGGCAUCUCUCUGACCACUACUGAGACACAGCUUUAG